AUGAAAAGAGUAUCCCAUUUACGAGUUGGCGGAAAACCAAUUCGUAGUGCCGAAGGCGUUAUUCUUUAUCUCAUUAAAUACCUCGCCAAAUCCUUUCAAAUGCGAGAAAACAAAGAAUUAGCCGAAAAAGUUGGUUUAUUACCAGGGAUGGGUAUUUAUAAAUUCUUCCGCGUUAUCUAUGGCUACGAUGGCGAAAGAACUUAUAUCGCUCAAAAAAGAAAAAAACCACUCAUUUCCUCGCAAGUCUUUAUCAAUAAUGAUUAUGGCUUCACCGAGCAAGUUGAAAAAGAAUUUAGCGAUUAUUUUGACGAAAAUUUACGACUAAAAAAGCAGGCUCGGCAAAUAUUAAAACAAAAAGAACCUCAACCCGCUAACAACGGCAAAAUAACUGACCUGUUAAAACUCUCCCUUAAUGAAUACGAGCCAUUAGCAGAAUAUGGCGAAAGUGCCGACAGUCGAGAAUGGCGAGCCAAUAUUCCGCCCGAGUUAAUUUAUAACCAUAUCUAUUUAAAAGAAAUUCGCUCGCAAAUUAGCCAUUAUACUCCUGAUUAUGGCUUAAAUGCUGAUGAGGCCGCCAAAAGAUACGCUGAUUAUUAA